AUGGCUGGCCCGUGGUACGUGGAUGUCGCCGAAAAUCCCAACAUUCACCGCGAUGCCCCACCACCUCCUCCUAUCCCCGCCGCCGGAGCUCCACCUCCAUAUGCCUUACCACCUGGCGUGAUUACGUUCGGCAGACCUGAUCCUCCACCUCCACUAGCACCCGCCCAGGCCCAACCAUGGCCAAUACCAAUUGCUUUAGGCGCUCCCCCAGCCCCCGUCAUGCUCGGAGUCCCUGCCCCACCUCCACCACCACCCCUAGCCGCAGGUGUAUUCUGCGCAGGACCCCCUGCCUACGCCCCGGGAGGUUUCCUCUGGGGCGGCCCAGCACCCGCACCUGCACCCGCUCCAGCCCCUUGCGCCGCUCCUGCACUCCCCGACGCCGGCCUCCACAGCCACGUAACCUUCGGCCCCAUCCCAGCCGACCAAACAAACCCCGUCAACCUCCCCGGAGGCCUCGUCUCCGGUGUAUCCCACUUCUUCAGCGACUCCUACACCAUCCUCGGGUGGCUGAAAUCCGGCUUCCGACCUUGGGAGCGCAAUUUCGCGGUCAUGAACAUUGAAUGGAUUCAAGUUGAUUCGAACUGGAAAGUAGACCAACUGAUUAAAGCAAUGCGCGAAAAUGGGGAUUGUGAAGGUUGGGCAGUGACCGAGUGUAUGGAGCGUGGGAACGGAGUUUGGGAGCGUGGGACUACGUUUGUGCACGGGAGUGAGAGAAGUGGGCAGAGUUUGGCGACGGUGGGGUGGACAAUGAGGAGGAACAGGGAUGAUGGGACGGGGGCAUUGCAUGUCUGUUUAUGGAGGCAGUAG